AUGAAUUUUAAAAUAAAGACUUUUUUUUCAAUUAAAUCAAAUAAAAUUUUUUAUACUGAUUUUUAUUUUUUUUUAAAAAAAAAAUUAAUUAUUUUAAUAAAAAAUAUAUUUCCAGAAUAUUUUAAUUUUAAUAAUAAAUAUAAAAAUUGAAAUUUAAUUUGUCUUUAUGACUUAUUAUAUUUUAAAGUUAAUAAUAUUAAUUUUUUAGAUAAUGUACAAUAUAUAAACUCUUUAAUAAAAAUUUUUUUACCAUUAAAAUUUCAAAAUUUAAAAACAAAUAAAGUUUUUUUUAAGAAUUUAUUAAUUUUUGAAUUACCUAAAUAUAAUUCAUAUAAUUAUUGUUAUUUAAAUGGUUUAAAAAAAAUAUUUAUUUCAAAAUAUUUUACUUCAAAUGGUAUAUUUUUUAAUAAAUAUUUAAAAAGAAAAUAUAAUAUUUAUUAUGCUAAAUUAUUAUUAACAAAUUCAAAUUUUUUUAAUAUUAUUUUAGAUUUAAAAUUAAAACAAAUUUAUUUAUCUAUUAAAAAUUUAAAAUUUAAUUUUAUUUUAUUUUUAUAUUAUUUAGGAAUUAAAAAUACAGAUAUUUUAAAAUAUUCUAGAUAUAAAAAUUCUAAAAUUUUAAAAUUAUUAAUUUUUUCAGCUUUACAAACUGAUUUAGUUAAUAAUAAAAAAAUUAUAUUAAAAAAUUUAAAUUAUUUAAAAUCUAUUUUUAAAUUAACAAUUUUAAAUAAAAAUUAUAAAAAUUUUAUAAUUAGUAAAGAUAAAUUAAAUUAUAAUUACGGAGAUUUUAGUAAAAAUAAUCUUUUAAUUAUUGAUUUUAUAUUUAUAUUAGAUUUAUUAUUAGAUUUACAAUCUAAAAAAUUAUGUUUUAAAACUAUAGAUCAUUUAGAUAAUAAACACAUUAAUACAAUAGGUAAUUAUUUUCAACAUAAUUUUAAAUUUUAUUUAAAAAAAUUUAUAUCUAUUAUACCAAAUUUAAUCAAAUUACAAAAAUUUUCUUUAUUAAAAGUAUAUAAUUUUAAAGAAUUAUUAAUUCUUAACCCAUUAAUUCAAUAUUUAGAACAAAUUAAUAGUUUCUCAGAACUUAUGCAUAAAUAUAAAUUAAAUAAUUAUAAUUCUUUUUCAAAAGGAAUUUUAAAUUUACGAGAAAUUUGUUUAAAUCAAUUAGGUAAAUUAUGUUUAAUAGAUACUACCGAAGGAAUUAAUUGUGGUUUAGUUGUUAGUUUUGCUAAACAUAUACGAAUAUAUAAAAAAGGUAUAAUACAAGUUUAUUUUAGUUCUAUAUUUAAAAAUAAAACUAAAGAAUUUUUAAAUUUUAAAACAUCUUUAGAUCAAGAAUUAUAUUUAAUUCAAUUUAAUAAUAUUAAUUUACGUAAAAUAAAAUAUUUAAUGAACGUUAGAUUAGUAUAUAAUAAAAAUAAUUUUAGAAUUAAAUUUUUUUCUAAUAAAAAAAGUAUUUUAUUAGAAUUUACAGAUUUAUUUUCAUUUACAGAAAAUUUAAUUCCUUUUAUUAAAUAUAACGACCCAGCAAGAUGCUUAAUGGGAGCUAAAAUGCAAAGUCAAUCAGUUCCAUUAUUAAAUAAAAAAAAAUCUUUUGUUAUUACUGGAUAUGAAAAAGAAAUAAUAACUAAAUCAGAUACUACUAUUAAAGCUCUACAAGAAGGAAUAGUUUUAAAUGCUUCUUCUUUAAAAAUACAUAUUAAAGAUUUAUUUAAUAGAGAGAUAGUAUAUUAUUUAUCAAAAUAUAAAAAAAGUAAUCAAAAUACAAUAAUUCAUCAAAAACCUUUAGUAUGAAACGGUGAAAGAGUAUUUACUAAUCAAUUACUAACACAACAUCAAGAUAUUAUAGACUCAGAAUUUGCAAUAGGAAAUAAUUUAUUAUUUUAUUAUGGUAAUUUUUGUGGAUAUGAUUUUGAAGAUGCUGUAAUUGUUAGUAAAAGAGUUUUAUAUCAACAAUUAUUCAGUUCUCUUCAUAUGGAUAUUUAUGAAUUUAAUUUUUGUUAUAAUAAUGAAAAUGACAUUGAAUUUAGUACAUUAGAAAUCCCUAAACAAAGUUAUUAUAUUAAAAAAAAUUUAGAUUCCUUAGGUAUUAUUAAAGAAGGUGAAAAAAUUUUAACUGGAAGUAUUUUACUAACAAAAAUAAAAGUUGCAAAACCUACUUAUACUUAUAAAUCUAUAUUUAAACUUAUAUAUUCUAUUUUUGGUAAAACAAUUAGAAAUAUUAAAGAUAAUUCUUUAUAUAUUCAAACAGGAAAAAGCGGUAGAGUAAGUAAAAUUGAAUUAUUUUUAGUAAAUAUAAGUUCUCGUCAUAAAUAUAAAACUUAUAAUAAUAGUUAUUUAAAAUGUAGAAUUUUUAUAUGUAAACAAAGAUUUUUAACAGUUGGAGAUAAAUUAUGUGGAAGAUAUGGAAAUAAAGGAAUUUUAUCUUAUAUAGCAGAAAACGCUGAUUUACCUUUUUUACAAAAUUCUUUUUAUCCAGAUAUUAUUGUUGGUGCCUUAGGUAUUCCAUCUCGCAUGAAUUUAGGACAAUUAUUUGAAGCUUUAGUUGGGAAAAUAAGUUUUUCUUAUAAUAUUAGAAUUUUACCUUCAUUUACUACUUCUUCUAAUUUAUAUUUUAAUUAUCUAAAAAUUUUAAUAUAUAAUUUUUUAAUGUUUAAUAACUUUAAAAAAGGUUUUAAUUGAUUAUAUAAUUUUAAUUUACCAGGAAAAUUUAUUAUUAGAGAUGGAAGAACUGGUGUAAAAUUAAAAUCUUCGGUUCUUUGUGGAGUUUCUAGGUAUUCAAAAUUAAUUCAUUUGAUUAAAGAUAAACUUCAUUUUAGAACUACAGGACCUUAUACUGAAAUUUUACAACAACCUUUAAAAGGUAAAAAAAAUUUAGGAGGUCAACGAUUUGGAGAAAUGGAGAUUUGGGCUUUAGAAGCUUUUGGAGCUUCAUAUAAUUUAAAAGAAAUUUUAAAUUAUAAAUCUGAUGAUUGUUUUGCACGUAAUAAUCUUAAAGAAUAUUUAUUAUUUAGAAAUACUGAACUACAAAAUUCAACUAUUACUGAAUCUUUUCGCGUUAUUUUAAAAGAAUUUAAUGGAUUAAUUUUAAAUUUAGAAUUAUUUUUAAUAACAGACGAUUUAGAAGAAAAUUAUCUUAAUUUAACUAUUAACUAUUAA